UAUGCGAAAGCAAAUGUCAAAGCAUAGGAAAAAAGCAGACGCAAUUAAAACAGGCAGCUGGAUUUUUACACAAAAAUUAACUUUACACAAUUUUCGUUUAACAACUUCAAUAAUAUAAAACGACAAAGGACGCUUCAAAGUGCAUUAAAAAGCAAAAGAUUUUAUGAGUGUCGCGUUAAAAAUGGACACAGUUUUGAGUUCCGGAGGCUCGAAUGCCUCUGGUGAUAGUAUUGGAGGUGUAAGUAGCAGCAGUAAUGGUGGAAACGGUAACAGCAAAUCUCAACGUUUUGGAGAUUCUACACAUAACAAUGGCGUUAAUGCAGAAGUCAAAAAAAUUUAUCAACAACUAUAUAUUGUGGUCAAGCAACUGGAUGAUGAGAAAAAACAAAUAUCUGGUAUAACUCAAUUAUUUCAAAAUGAAUUGGAACAAAAGCGUGCUCAACUCGUGCAAUUGUGUAUACAAAUAAUCUUCAAAGAUUUUCAGUCGGUUGGCAAAAAGGCUCGAGAGAUUAUGUGGCGCAAAGGUUAUUAUGAAUUUAUUGCAUAUGUAAAGAAAAAUUGGGCAAAAGAACUAAAGGAUACAGCCCAACAAGGCGCUCAAGAGAAUAUCCAAAAACUGGAGAGAUUCUUAUGUGCUGGUAUAUUAAACUAUAAGAGGAUAGCAGCAAAAAUGGAAGAGAUUUACGAUUUAGACCUAAAAUAUUUAAUUGAUUUUACCAUCAUAAACGAUGGCUAUUUAAAGGAGAUCAAAGAUAAAGAUCGCCAAGGCAAGGGUGACACUUUGGACGUAGAUGAUAUAAACAAUUAUGCGGUAGAUAAAAGUUUGGAAGCUGUAUCGUUUGCUUUGGAUACCAUACAUUCGUCUCUUUUGAGUUUGGGUGAUUUGCAUCGUUACUUCCUGGACUUUCGUAUAGAUACAAAACUAAAAAUAAACAAGCAGUUGGCUGCUAAAUAUUACUUCGAAGCGUUUAAGCUUAAUCCUGCAAUAGGCAUGGCUCAGAAUCAAUUGGGCACCUUGUACUAUGGCCAAAAUUAUGACCUGGACUCCAUAUAUCAUUAUCUUUACUCGCUCGUAAGCCUAAUACCCUUUGAAUUGAGCGAAAACAAUGUUUGUAAGCUGUUCGCUUCGCAUGCUGAUUACUUGACAAAAUUAGAUCCCGAAAAAAUUGAAUUUAGCCUGCAGGAUUUUUAUGCUCGCUUUUAUUUAAUCGUUGAUAUAUUUUUCUUUGACAAGGAGGUGCCAGAUUUUAACUCCUUGUGUCACUGUGUCUUGGUUGAUUUGCGCAAAAUACUCUGCUCCAAAACAUUUAAAAUAAACGAUUCAUCUAUAUUCAAAAUUGUUUCGAUUCUAUUUUUCUGUCUAUCAAAACUGAAAAUGAUUAACUCUCAGAAAGUGUACUCUUUAAAUGCUUUUCUGGUAGCUGUAUGUUCAGAUUUAAUGGAUGCUUGUAUCGUUAAUCUCGAACAGACCAUUCUAGCCAAAUCAACAGAAAAUGAAGAGUUUCAUACCAUGUACGCCAAGAAAUUCGAAGAGUUUGACAUGGUAGUUAGGAAAUCACGCAAUGAAUACAAGAAUUGGUUGGCAUCAAUCGGCGAAGCUGAAAGAAAGGAAAAGAAACUGACACAGUUAUCACAAAAAGAUUUCUCUUCAGAUUCUCGCGAGUCGCAAAGGUCAAAUGAGGAUUAUAUUUGUAAGACACAAGAUAGUAACAAGGCCAGUAAAGAUGAUAACAAAAAUGAUGGUGAACCUAUUUCUACAAGAUCAUCGGACGAGGCAAAGGAAAGUGAUUUAAAAACUCCACUCUCUUGUAAGAGUAAGAAGAAGGGAAUGAAACUACGUCGACGUCGCCGUAAAAUUGCUCAGUCAGAUGACAGCUCUUGUUAUGACACCGAAUCAGAUAUGGAUACGGACUUUUCAACCGAUGAUGAAGACUACACAGAUUUAAGUUCGAAUUUCGAUACGGAUUUUAGUGAUGUUGAAGCGGCCGACCCCGGGGAACAAGAUCAAGAACGCGAAUGUGAACUUCAAGUUGAAAACAAACACAAACAUAAUAAUUUGCGCAACUCUUCUCGUCACGGCUCCAAGGAAAGUGUUGACUCUAUUGCCGGCAGUGUUGGACCAAACUUCUCGGAUAACGAAGAUAUCGUAAUAGAAGAAGAAAACAUUAUCUAUCCAGAAGAUCAAGAGAAACAACAGGUCCCACGUUGUAAUUCGCAAGAAAAUGAUACUGAAGAGCUCCUAAAAAGUUUCGAAAUUUUACAAUUACACACUAAUAAUUCGGUAUUAAAUUUUACCAAUUGCGAUAAAGAAGUAUCACAGAAGACCCAGCAAUCCAACAUUUUAAAGACAAAUGAGGACAGCAAAGCUGCACUUGAGGAACCACCCAAGAAAAUGGUUUAUCGCAACAAAUACACCAAGAUAAAUCCCAAUAUCAUUGUAGACUUUGCCCAAAACGAACCUACCAUAAGAGCUUUGAAAAUUCUGUUCGAUUGGUUGCGUAUUAAUCAUGAAAUACUCUUUGGUUGCUACCACUCCAAUCCAGAAUUCAUUCACAAAAUUAUGAAAUUAUUGAAUUAUUGCAAUAUUGAUAUAUUUACACGUAAGGUUUAUUUUGAGCGUGAAUUUCUUGUUACACCCAAUGUUCGUCAAACCCUAGGCGAUCUCUUUGACGUUCGUGUCAAUGUACCACUUUCUGAAGACUUUGUAUUCAAAAGCUUUGAUAUAUUUCAAAGCACUCAAAUUACUCUAGACUGGGAAACAACAAUACGCGAAAAAGUUACCUCGCAGGAAGAGUGCAUUCUGCGUAUAUUCAAGAUGGUCGAUUUCGGUUUCUUUAUAUGCAAACAAAAAAAGUUUAAUUAUCGCUUCUGCGUCAAGGCCAGACGUUUCACUGAAAAUACUAAAAAGAAACGCGAAGAAAAGAAGUCAUCUUCUAGAAGACGUGAAAGACGUACCGCUAAAAAUGCUGCUCGUAAGCGUGCAGAAGGUAGAACUCGUCGUUAUUCCGACCGUAAAAAUGGUAUUGUACGCAAAAGUUAUACCAGCAACGAGGAGAAAGAUACUGUUGAAGAAUGUAAACGUAUGCCUCGCAAAGGCUACCUCCGCAAUCGCAACACCGAAAAAUUUAAUACCAAUGGUGCUGCCGGUGGUGGUACUUCUGCAUCCACUACUACAAAUAGCGCUAUUUGCGAAAAGAUGCAAUCAAGCAGUGGUGCUGAUGAAGAACGCUCCGAGGCAAUGUCUAAAAAAUGUGAAAUUAUGGGCAAGUUGUGGUUGAAAAAUGAAGUGGAGACCCUGGAAGAAGAGUUGCGUAAAAAUCCUUUGAACAUGAUUAUGACUCCUUUUGUUGUCGUGGAUGCUAAAGCACUAACAGAAUAUAAUGGUAUUGUUAAGAACUUGGUAAAAAGCAAAAAAUUCAUCGUACUCAUACCCAAUGCUGUUUUUAAUGAAUUGGAUGACUUAAAGAAACGUAGUGAAAAUGCCCGUAAUGUUAUACGUUGGUUGGAGCAAGAAUUUAAACAUGGCAACCGUCAUAUGCGUGCACAGAGAGAUAAUGAAAAUUUAGCCUUGUCUCUAAUAAAAAUUCCAAGAAAAUUAGAUCGUGAUGCUUCUGUUUUCUUACAAAUUGCACAAUUUUGCAAUCACUUGGUAGCCAAUCAUUCUGAUCCAAAUGCUACUGAAUUUCAAUCAAAUGUGGUUACUUAUUUGUCUGGCGAUUAUUUGCAUGAGAAACAACGUAAUCAGAACAACUUCAGCUUUACUGGUAUUUUAGAUUCUAUACCAGUAAGACAUGAUCAAAUUGCAAAUUUCUAUGCGAAAUUUAAGGCCAAUAAAAAAUGAAUACAUUAACGACGCGGGAUUAACACCUGCAGGGAAGUAAGCGCCGUCGUCGUCCUAGCUACCGUAUUGAGUCGUAUUUACUAUACAACAAAUGCCAAGAACGUUAAAAUGAGAAGAACAACUAUAAACAACAACGCCACCAAACAAAUAAAUCAACAAACAACUGCAACCCCAACAAAAAAAGUAAAAAAAACAACAUCAAACAGCAUUAAAAAUACUAAAAUGAUCAGUAAUUGUAACAAACAGCAUUCCAUUACUGAUUUAAUAGUUAGCCAAAGCGCAUAUCUUGAAAAUCAUUAAGAUUUUAAUGCAAUUUCGAAGAAACCAACCGAUUAGCAGAAGAAGACCAAGUUGAUUUUAGCGUUCAUGCAAAAAUGUUGCCAAUCAAAACAAUUUUUUAACAAAAAAACUUUAAUUUUAACAAUUAAACAACAAUUGGGAUUUAAGGGGAGGUUUAAAAAAGCAAUCAAUUUAGCCAUCAUCUUAAAAUUGGUAACAAAGAAAAUGUAUUUUUUGUUAAAGAUUUUAAACCCUGAAAACUUGAAACCCCAUCAUUUACAAAAAAACAUAAAAUAGGCUUUACAACUCUUUAGUUGAGAAUGGUAUUUUUACCAAAGCAAAUUCUACAAAAUUACUUGUUGUUAGUGAAGCCUGUUUUGUAUAAAAUUGAAAAGGAAUUUAAGUUAAAAUUUCCAAUAAAAUUCUUAACAUAAUGUUCAUUCAACAAUUUGAAAACUUAAUUAUGUUAGAUAAAAUAUCGUUACUUCUAUUUUAUUCAACAUAAUUAUAUUUGGAUACAUCUAUUUCUAAAUAAAAGUUUUCAAUUGUUGAAGUUAAGGGCAUGUUAAUGGUAUAGCUUCAUUUUAAUAUCUUCAUUAUGUAUCUCUAAACUAUCUGUUUGUUCAUUUAGUUAACUAUAGGGUUUCUUAACUUAACAACAAGAGGAAAAUGUCCAGAAAAGACAUGACUAUAAUGUUGUACAAUUAAAAUCUGAAAAAAAUGGGAGAAAGUAAGAUCCAGUUUAAUUUUUAUUUCAUAAAAGUUACACUCUGCCCCUGACUAUGGUGGUUUAUUUAUUUGUACAACAUUUUGUCAUUUCGACAUUUAGCUUCUUUUACAUUACAAUAUAAUAAUUUUAUUUUUCAUAUUCUCUUUUAAAUAUCUUCAUAAUAAAAAUACCCAAAAAUAAUUUUAUCAUUUUAACAAACCCAAAAUUUAUUUGAAUGUUACAGUAAAACUCCAGCUAAAACUUUGAGCAGAUUUUAUACUGAAAAGUUUUAAGAAAAUAAUUAUUAAUCACAAGCUAUUUACGUUGAAUUGUCUAGGACUUAAAAAUACAUUCAAACUUAAAUUUUAUUUAAACUUUUGAAUAUAAAAUCUGCUCAAUACAAAUUAAAUUUUUAUUAUUUGCAUUAGCAAAUACAUAACUAAAUAUGGCCUUUAAUUAAAAUUUAAUAUUCAUAAAAAUUAAGCUUUAAUAAUUGUUAUAUUAUAGCAUAUGUAUUUGCUUAUAUAAGUUUAAUUAUAUUGGACUACAUUAUCUGGAAUAGUCUACACUAAUAAAAACUAGGAAAUGCAUAAAAAUGAACAUCUAUUUGCAGGUGUUUUUUUGGUGUUAGGACUAUCUAGAUUUAAAAUACUUGCAUUAAAUUCGUUUAUUUUAAAAUAGUAACAGUUAAUAAUACUUUCAAUUCGCUGAGAAAAAUAACUAAUUAUA